GGUCUCGACACGCACCUCCACACAUACUGUGUGUGUGUGGGCUUAAAUAGUUAACAGAACUGUUGCGCUAAGCUUACAAAUAAGACGCUUUCGCUAACAUAAACUACUCCAAGGAACAUUCUUACUCAGUGCCACUUCUGUAUGCAUUAUACGCAAGGUUCUGGCCGUAUUGACCCUCGACCGAGGGCAGGUGCCAUUUAAGAAAGAAGAAGAAGAAGAAGACAAUUUUGAUUAUGGCAGUGAAGUUAAAUCUUACAGCUUACCUUGUCCAAUCGAUGCCAAUUCAAAUUGUAGAAAAAGAAAAAGAGACGGUUUUGAUUGACGGACUAAUCUCAGUUAAUCAAUUUAAAAUGACGUUUGUCAAGUGAAGAAAAAUCUUAAAACUUUUUCCUUUUAUAUAUUUUUAUUGCAUUUACAGCGAUAUAAUAGUUUCCACAGAGGCUAUCAUGGAUGAUGAUGUAGCUGCUCUGCAGAAUCUGGAACAGCUUAUGACAGAAUUUUUCUCUCCAGAAACGACCAAUGAAAAAAAACAUACGAUCGAACGUAGUUUUCAAGAAUUUGCCGCCCAGAUUGACUCCUGGAAACCAUGUUUGCAUUUCUUGUCCUCUACAAGCAAUCACUAUGUCAGUAUGUUUGCUUUGUCCACUCUGGAGACAACUAUAGGAAGACGAUGGCCCAUUCUCCCAUGGGAGGAUAGGGCUCUCACGAGAUCUACUUUGUAUACAUUAUCGUUAGAAAGAGAUGUCGUGCCCUUUGUAAGGAAUAAGGUAGUGAAAUUGGUAGUGGAUAUAGCAAGACAUGACUGGCCACAUUUUUAUCCUGAUUUUUACUCCAACAUUUUACAGUUGUUAGAUCACAAACAUACAAGAUUGUUGGGACUUGUAUAUUUGAGAACAGCUUCGGAGGAAUUAGCCACACCAAGGGAAGAUCUGCCGAUGCACAGAAAAAGCGAGCUAUUUAGAUUAUUGAGUUCACAAGUGCCUCUGACUUUGGAUACACUUACUGUUCUUCUAAAAGAGACCACAAAAUUGCAAAGUCGUUCUGGAACUGUGACACCACCCCCAUCACCUAUUAGUGGACAAAGUCUUGCAUCUGCACGUACAAUAUUAGAUGUCGAGGGAUUGGCAACAGGCACCAGUGAAGUUUGCAUAGCUACUCUUGAAGUUUUAGCACAUCUGUUUAGUUGGAUAGAUCUAUCAAGCAAUAUCUCUACUAAUUUAUUGGAUGCUAUUUUUUCUUGUGCUAAAUAUUAUGAUGCAAUGAAUAGCAAACAAAUAGAAAUGGCUGUUCAAGCUUUCACAACAAUUAAUGAGCUUUUGUAUAGACCGCUCUGCUCGCCUGAUGCAACUGAUAUAUUGUUACUAGAAAUAUUUCAAAAUGGUGUUGGUUUAUUCCAAUUAAUGGAACGUCUAGAUUCUAUAGAGGAGAGCUACAUGGAGAAAAUGACAGAGUUUUUACAAUUAUUUGUAACAAAUCAUCUGAAAAGAAUGGAAUCGAGCUCAAAAUUUCCAGUAAAUACAUUAUUAGAAAUACUGUGUCAUCACACAUUUCAGCAAGCCUCUACCGUGAACAGUUAUUUGCGUUGUUUAGACGUUUGGACUACACUUUUGGAGAGUAUUCAGUCACGAUAUUCUGCCAUCGCAUUAGCCCUCGCCGAACGGAUCUUGCAAAAAAUGAGUUUUAAAUUUAACGCUCGAGUAUUAAGGGAUCUCGAUACAGAAAGUUUAGAUGAGAACGAAGAGACAGAGUGGCAGCAUUUUCUGAGAUGCAAUGUAGAAUGUUUAGCAAAAAUCGCCGACAUCUCGCCUGUUCCAGUAUUUACACUAUUGUAUCGUUCAUGGAGAGAAGGAUUAAUUAUUUUCGGAGAAUUAGGCGCUGCUGUCGCCAAUGGACAAGUUAUUUUACUAAAUGAUGUGGAGGCAUCAAAUGUACAUGCGCAUUUGAGAGAUCUUGCAUCAACUACACAAGCUUUAACUAGACUAUAUUCUCUUUUCAUUGGAGAUCAAACGAAUGUCGAUCAAACCUUAGCGGAGGAAGUUAUAUCACAAACUCUAGACGCAUGUAUAUUCGCAAGAGAUAAUCAAUUGUAUAAAGCGGCACUUCAACCAGCCGCCAUCGUAAUAGAUCUUAUAGAAGUACAUUCACAGCUUUUGGCUUCUCUUCAAGCAUGGUGUCAUUGGAUAGUCAGGAAACCGGAGAAGACAAAGGAGGCACUCUGUCAGCGUUGCAUCGAUUCGUGUAUUUGGGCAACAACGUAUACUGCACCCUGCGAUCAUCCACCUCCUUUAAAUCUUGUCCAUUCCGCCGUUCACCUUUUUCAAAGUAUCACCGCCAUUUUGAAACCAAUCUUGUGGGACCAACCGAUUUUUAGGAAUUUAAUUUCUACGGACACGUAUCCGUAUUUGAAGCCAGAUACGAUCAAAGUUCUGCGAAGGGCAUUGAUAAAUGGAAUUAUAUUACCACUUGGUGAUGCAGUGAUAAGGCAAAGAUUAUUGGAUACUAUGAUAUUGGCCUUAUCUGCACCUCUGGGUAUGCAAGGACAACCAGUGCCUUUAGAAUCGACAAUUUCAAUUACGGUAAUGCCUCUAACUCAAUUAUUAGAAGAUUGCGCGUCCUCAUCUACGACUAUAAAAAAAAUGUUACAUUCGUGUUUGGAAUCGAUAAUAAAUAGGACAUUAGAGUUAUUGUCUUAUGUGAUAAGGUGUCAGAUUAUAUGCGAAGUGUUACUUGGCUUCCUACACUCGACAUUUUCAGUAUUACAACAACAAUUAGGCCCCGAGUUUAUGCAAAAUGCGGUUCAAGGCAUGCUGCAGCUUUAUACCAGGGAAAAUAUUUCUGCCGGUCCUGCAUUGGAUCAAUUGCUGGAAAUUUUAAUACUUGUCAUAUCAGCACCCAGCAAUGCAUUUAAGGCAUUUGUCCCUUCUGUAACGAGUCUGUGUUUAGGUCAAGUAUGGCCUGCAAUCGGAAGCAGCCUAAGUGCUCAUCCGGAUACAACAUUAGUUUUAUUAAAACUUUUCCAUAGUAUUCUUAUGCAUCGAUGGCAAUAUUUCUAUAAUACCUCAAUAUUGCGUACUCUUGGGCAUCCCAAUGAAGACGAACCUGUCGAGCAUAAAGAAGAAUUAGUAGCUAUUUUAGAGGCAUUUGGUCAAGCUCUACUUCAGUCAGACGUCAAUAUAUUUCGACAGAGUUUGCAAAGCCUCGAGCAAUUAAAUAUCAGGUGGCGACUUUAUCAACGAGCCAUAUUCAAAGUUCAUCUUCUUGAAAGAUUUUUGAUGGCAUUAUUCACAGUUUUAUUUCAACAGUCUCACAACUUGCUAGCAGACGAAAUAGCCGCCGCUGUUCACAGUCUAGCAUCUGUCAACAUAGGAUGGUUUUUUGGCCAUUUUUUGCCAACGUUCUUAGCAACUUGCGAAGGCGUAGACGAUAUGCAGAGAGCCACAUUGUUGGGAAACUUUGAUAAAUCCACAGAUCAACCAACUCUGACGAGAUCAGUUCUUCAACUUAUCUCAGACUUAAGAUGUUACCAACUGUGCAGACCAGGCUGAAACACGUAUUAGGACGAAAUUUGCAAUUUGAAGUUAAGACUUUUACAGUGGCAUUUAAAUGAAAUCAGCAUUUUUACCAAAUCUCUUUUGUAUUCGAGUGCCUCCAGAUACAGAUACAAGAGACAUUAACCAUGAUGAAACGAAGAAAAACAAAAGACUUUUGUAAACAUUAACUAUUCUGUGUAUAUCACUGCCAUACUAUCUUUUUGUGAUGUAAAAGCCAUUAUAUUAUGAAUGAAACAUGCCUUUUUUUAUAUGUCUAUAAGAGCUUAUAUUUUUCAGAUUUUCUCUUUAUGUCUACUCUUCGACUUUUUAUAGAGGUAUGUAAUUAUAAUAUAUGUAUUGGUAAAAAUUGUAGCAGAAAUAAAACUAUUUACCA